CCGUCCGACGGCGCUGCAGCGGAGGUCCCGUGAGGGCGGAGCCGCGAGAGUGGGGCACAGGGCAACAGGGACGACGACGGCGCUGACAGCAGCAGUAGCCUCGCCCUGUCCUUCCUGCCUCCCAGGGCGCCCCGCCGCGGCCCUUCCCGACCGGAGAGCAGAGGCAGCGGGGGGGCGGGGACCGCAGUACAUGCCUCUUUUGGGGUUUGUAGCAAGGUUUUAGUAGCUGAGAGGCUGCAGGAGUUUAUUCUGUGAGAAGACAACAGAAGCUACUCCAUACAGGACAAAGCCUGUUCCAGCCAGCUCCAAGAUGGACCUGCUGCUGGCCAAAUAACAUAUUUGAGAAAAGCUAGAAAACACUGGGCAGCAGCAGCUGUGAGAGAGAAGUGAGAAAAACAGCCCUGCAGCCACCACGGUGAGUGAAGACGGAGGGGGAGGAGGUGCUCCAGGUGCCAGGGCAGAGAUUCCCUGCAGCUGGUGGUGAAGGCCAUGGUUAGGGAUAUUGUCCACCUGAAAAUAAUCAAGCUCCACAGUGGAGCAGAUGGAGUGCCUUGAGGAAAGCUGCAGCCUAUGGAGAGCCUGCCAUGGAGCAGGCUCCUGACUGGACCUGCAGCCCCAAGGAGACAGAAGCCCAUGCUGAAGCAGGUUUGCUGGCAGGAUCUGUAGACCAUGGGGGGCCUGCACUGGAUCCAUAUGCUCUUGAAGGACUGCACCUUGUGGGAGAGACCCACGCUGGAGCAAUGAAAGAGUGUGAGGAGGAAGGAGCAGCAGAGAUGAAGCAUUGUGAACUCACCACCAUCCCCACUGUGUUUUCCCCUAUGCUGCUUGAGGGGAACAGGUAGAAGAAUUGGGAGUGAAGUUGAGCCUGGGAAGAAGGGUGGGGGGAAUAUGGUUUUGGUUUUCUUUUUUUCUAUCCUACUCUUACUUAUGGGCAAUAAAUUAAAUUAAUCUUCCCCAAGUUGAGUGUUUCAGAUGGUAAUUGGUGAAUGAUCUCCCUGUCCUUAUCUCAACCCCCAAGGCUUUCCAUCUUUCUCCUGCAUCUUGCUAAGGAGGGGGAGUCAGAGAACAGCUAGGUGGGGGUCUUAUAAACCCCUCACAAUGCCAAAAUAGACAGAACUGUGCAGUGCAUCCAUGAGGAUAAAAAGACAAUGUUAGAAGAUGAAUUUUGGAAAUGAGUUUGGGAAGAUCAGGAGCAGACAACUCAACAGUUCUCAUUUGAAAUAUAGCAGUCAUCAGUUGAAUUGGUUAUGUGGAUAUAGGUAUUUGAUUGGCUAAAGAUGUAUAAUACUAAUGAAUCCAUUGUGGUGGUGUCAGACUAAUAUUUCUUACUUCAAUCUAAACCGUUUUCUGGCAAAAGUGCAUGUGUAUUCAGUUAACUUUCAGUUUCACUGGUGUUAAAAGCUUAGGCAAAGGAAUCAGCAAGGAAGGCUGUUGAGCAGGGUUGUUUAAAAUUCUUGAAUCUCUGGUAAAUAGUGAAGAGCUAGAUUUAGAAAUUAUUGCCAUAUUAAGCAAGAAGACAUCAUACUGGUGCUGAGCUGCCUUUGGGAUCUGUGCCUGAAGACCUUUGCUUCUGCAUGGUGUUUCUUGUUUGGUUAAUAAACUGGGGUGAAGGUAGGCAGGAGAAGCUGGCAACUAAGUUUGCUUUGCAGCACUGGACAUUGUUGCGAGAGAACCAUGGCAGUGACGGAGACUGCCGUGGUACCAUGAAUCUCGAGUUUUUUUGAACUGAUAAUAUAACUGAGUUCAAAUCAAUCCUUGUUGAUGGCAGCUUAUCUUCCCAUGCCCUUAAAUGGCUUUCCUGCCAGUUCUGUAUAGCAGCCUUCUCUGCUUUUCCCUUUCAAAAUAAGUCAAACAGUAGUAGUGCCCAAACACCUGUCUUCAGGUGUUUCUUUGUGCAGUGCCUAUAAAACUUUUUAUGUUCUGGGGAGCAACCAUUUUCUUAUAUCUAGAUGCAGGUUUUUUAGCUUCCCAAAAUCAAGAAUAGAAUCCAUUAACAUCAUCUGUUUCUUAUUGAUACCUAGGAAACACUGUGCCUUUGUAAGUUGACCAGAAAAGCAUAUGUGAACUCUUGAGAGAGGCUGAUGUCUGUGAAAGCCAUGGUACUGACCUUGAAGCUCAAUCAGUGGUUAGCCAAGAAUUACAAGGGGACAGUGUUCUGUGAGUUAAGCAUAUGUAGCAAUGUAGGUGUGUUAAAUAGUGGAAUUACAACAAGAAAACAACCCCCCUGGUGACAAGCUGAAAUGGUGCAUCAAAAUGUGGUCUGUAAGGGCAGCUCUGGGUGUGACAACAGCUGCAAGAUUGUUUCUGUGUACCUGUGAGAGUCUCCUGGCAACUGGAGACAGGCUGUGGCCUAGGGAUUUGUAUGCAUGCAGACUGGGAAUGGGGAGACUGGGACCCACAGGACAGCUACUGGGAGGGCCAGCUGCUGGAGGAGUCUUGCCUGCAUGUGUCCUCCAGCCAGAGAGGACAGCAAGGUGAGGCCUUUGCUGCUACCUGUGCUGCUGCACUCAGUGUGUGCUGUUUGCACCACUGAUGCUUCCCCUGAGUCCGACAGACUGGAUCUGAUUCAUCAGAAUGUUUCAUCUGACUUUCCCUGUGUCCCCAGGAUAUGAACUGGAGCUGGCUGUGAGCCUCCUGAAGGCUGCAAAGACUGAAUGCUGAAACCACUCACUACUCAGUUGGGAACAUCUCUAUCCUUCAUCUGAGUAGGCAUUUGCACACCAUGUUAUGGGAUACCACCCACUGUGUGCUGGAGAUGUUGGGUCGCUUGACAGGAGAAUGAUGAGAUGUGCAGCCUAUCAGUGUUUCAGCGGUGUUUUUACAGCCAGCUGUUGCUGAAGGGUGAGGUAUCAGUGGAACAGGAGAGGAAGGCAGACAGAAUGGGUGUGUCCUGAGGUAUGCCACUCAUACAUAUUUUGAUAAUGACAUAAAUGCUUUGCAUGUAUUUAGUAAGCUGGAGUAGCUGAUAUCUAACCAAAUGUGGAUCAUGGAUUUUCCAGGACAUUUUGAGCAAAUCUUUCAGCAGCUCAACUACCAGAGGCUUCAUGGCCAGCUUUGUGACUGUGUCAUUGUGGUGGGAAACAGGCAUUUCAAAGCCCAUCGGUCUGUUUUGGCAGCAUGUAGCACACAUUUCCGAGCUCUAUUUACUGUAGCAGAAGGAGACCAGACUAUGAAUAUGAUUCAGCUGGACAGCGAAGUGGUGACAGCAGAAGCUUUUGCUGCUCUGAUAGACAUGAUGUAUACUUCCACACUAAUGCUUGGGGAGAGCAAUGUUAUGGAUGUCUUGCUGGCAGCUUCUCACUUACAUUUGAAUUCUGUUGUUAAAGCAUGCAAGCACUACCUUACUACCAGGACACUGCCAAUGUCUCCACCAAGUGAUAGAGUUCAAGAGCAAAAUGCACGCAUGCAGAGGUCUUUCAUGCUGCAGCAGCUUGGACUGAGCAUUGUGAGCUCUGCCUUAAAUUCUACUCAGAGCACAGAGGAACAACCAAAUACUAUGAGCUCCUCUAUGAGAAGUAACAUUGAACAGCGCACUACUUUCCCUAUCCGUCGUCUCCACAAACGUAAACAGUCUUCUGAAGAUCGGGCCAGGCAGCGUAUUAGGCCUACCAUGGAUGAGUCUAUUUCUGAUGUGACUACAGAGAGUGGGCAGUCAGUAGUUCAUUCACGGGAAGACUUCUUCUCACCGGAUUCACUGAAGAUUGUGGACAACUCUAAGGCUGAUGCUGUUGCUGAUAACCAGGAGGAUAAUACUAUUUUGUUUGAUCAGUCUUUCAGUACUCAGGAAGAUGCUCAAGUGCCCAGCCAGUCUGACAACAGCGGAGGAAACAUUUCACAGAUGUCUAUGGCAUCCCAGGCAACACAGGUGGAAACCAGCUUUGACCAGGAGGCUGCUUCUGAGAAGAACAACUUCCCAUGUGAGAAUCCAGAGGUCAGCAUGAAUGAAAAAGAGCACAUGAGGGUGGUGGUGAAGUCUGAGCCCUUGAGUUCCCCGGAGCCUCAAGAUGAGGUGAGCGAUGUCACUUCCCAAGCAGAGGGGAGCGAGUCUGUUGAAGUGGAAGGAGGAGUAGUGAGUGCAGAGAAGAUAGAACUGAGUCCUGAGAGCAGUGAUCGUAGCUUUUCUGACCCACAAUCCACUACUGAUAGGGUGGGAGACAUCCAUAUCAUGGAGGUAUCAAAUAACCUGGAACACAAGUCUACCUUCAGUAUCUCAAAUUUUCUAAAUAAAAGUAGAAGUGGUGGCUUCAGUGCCAAUCAAAACAGUGAUGACAAUAUUCCAAAUACCACCAGUGACUGCAGAAUGGACAGUGAUGCCUCUUACCUAAUGAGUCCAGAGUCAGGGCCUGCUGUUGGCCAUUCAUCUGCCACUGUCUCUCAUGUCGAGAAUCCAUUUAGUGAGCCUGCAGAUUCUCAUUUUGUUAGACCAAUGCAGGAUGUGAUGGGUCUCCCCUGCGUACAGACUUCUGGGUACCGUGCAGCAGAACAGUUUGGCAUGGAUUUUCCACGGUCGGGCUUAGGCUUGCACUCCCUGUCAAGGGCAGUGAUGGGCUCAGUAAGGGGUGGAGCUAACAGCUUUCCUGGUUACCGCCGCAUAGCCCCUAAAAUGCCGGUGGUGACCUCUGUCAGGAGCUCCCAGAUGCAAGAUAACUCAUCCAGUUCCCAGCUGAUCAUGAAUGGGACCACUUCUUUUGAAAAUGGGCAUCCAUCGCAACCUGGUCCGCCACAGCUGACACGGGCAUCUGCAGAUGUCCUUUCAAAAUGCAAGAAGGCCUUAUCGGAGCACAACGUCUUGGUUGUAGAAGGUGCACGCAAGUAUGCAUGCAAGAUCUGCUGCAAGACGUUUUUGACCUUGACAGACUGCAAGAAACACAUCCGUGUGCACACAGGAGAAAAGCCUUAUGCCUGCCUCAAGUGUGGCAAGCGGUUCAGCCAGUCCAGUCACCUGUACAAACACUCCAAGACAACCUGCCUGAGGUGGCAGAGCAGCAAUCUGCCUAGCACUUUGCUUUAACCUUAUCCACUCCAGGCCAGAAGGAGCAUGCCAGUGCAGACAUCUAGCUCCCUGAAGAACAUGAACCCUGUUUUCUUGAAGGCUGCAGGCUUAGAAGCUGCUCUGGUCAGUCAGUGAACACAACAUAUGAUUGUGCCACACACACAAAAGUCUUGGUUCUAUAAAUUGGGGAUAUAACUGUACCUACCUCACAGGGGUGUUGUGAGGCUUAAACAGCUGUAAGCGGAAAACUUGAGGAUCAUCAGAAAUCACACUGUAGAUGUGUGAUUAAAGUGAUGUACAUUCAGGCCUUGGGCUGAUGGGGAUAAAAUCAAUAAAGCUCAGCAGUUCCUUUGCAGGGCAGAGGAGUGAGAGCAUAGUUAUCUCAAGAAGUAGCAUGUUUCAAGAAUGAGAAACUGAAGUGCAAAUUUCCUCUUUUUCUUUUCUUUUUUUUUUUAAUUUUUCCCCCCUAAAGUGUUUUGUAAAAUUUCAAGCAUUUAAAUAAAUGACCUGUAAACCAAGUUGUUGCAUUAUGUGUGGACAGUAAUGCAAGCACUGUUUACUGUAACUAAUGCAGACCACGUAUCUUGAAAAGAGAAAACUUUGGGUGCACCUGUCUGACAUAAUGCUUUAAAAUAUGCUAAUUAUAAGAACAGUUUUAGGGUCAUGAAUGUAUGUUUGGCUGUUUUGUAGUAAAGGACACUGUGUAAUGAAGGUGCUUAAAUUAAAUCCAAGACAGGUAACUUUUGGGCUGCCAGAUGUGUAUAUGAUUUGAGUACAGCAAGAUCUGGGUGUUUGAUUUUUUUCUGUAGAAACUUGUAGUAAGUGAUAAGUGAAGUACUGUUUCUUGUUCGUGCUGUUCUUAGCAGUAUUUUAACCAAUUUGUAUCUCUUAUGUUAAAAUUCUAUAUACACAGAAGUCUGAAAAGAGCUUGUCUUUGUCUGCUUUGUUAUUUUGAAGGAGAGAGAUAAUUUGUGAUGGCUUUUUUACUGUGUAAGAUAGUCUCUUGCUGUUUCCCAUGCUGAUAGUGAAUUUGAUCCCUGUUAUUGCAGAAACAUAUUGGUUUUUUUUUGACACUUGUAUCUUUAGGCUUUAAUUUCCUCCUCUGUACACUUACUUUUCUUCACAAUUGUGGAUUGUUCUUCAGGUCAAACCAGUCAGGGAUAAUCCUCAUCUGCCAUAUUUAUUUAUGUCUUUAUAAAAUGUAGUUGUCAAAUCUAGUCCUUCCUGUUAAAGCAGUGUCAAAAAUGUACUUUUCCACAUACAUUUAUAAAAAAACUAACAUAAAUUUAAUUUAAAAAAAAUAGCACUGUACACGUUGUAUAGCAGAAAUUCAGUGAUCCUUAUUCUUCAAGUGAGUUGUGUAAAUCUUGCUUUAAUUUCCUUUUCUUUCAUGCUAUUGUAACUAACACUGUCUGCAGUGGGUUUCUUUUUGUUUGUUUGUUUGUUUUUUAUUAAAGAUACACAUGAACUAACUACAGGCAUUCAGCAUAUUAGGUUUGUAAAUAAAAUUUUGGGCCACUUCUGUUGAUAAAUACUGCCCUGCCUUAUAGGAGCUGGGUCAGAGCUACAGCAUGUCUUUUCUGCUCAGGAGAGACAGGAUUUACAUUUCAUAGUGUCUAAGUCACAGAGCAACAGCUUUCGAUUAAUAUUAAAAAAAGAAUGGCAAACCUUUCGCUCUUUUUUUAUUCUGUCCAGCAAAUGCAUCCUCUGUGAUGAUAUUCAGCAGUUUUAUGGAAUUUGUGCUACCUAAUAGUUAGCUUUCUUAAACAUCUCAGAUUUAUAUUUAGAUAAACUGAAAAUAAAGUCCUAAUCCACAGUUCUGUAGGUCAUUUAACAGGAUGAUAUCAAAACUGUUGAAGCACAGAAACCAAACAGUCACUAAACUGUCACAAACCAAAGGAAAUAUGGAAAUCUUUCUGUACCUGGCUUUAUGUGAAAUAGUAGUCUGCUAAUAGGGAAGUGUGUCUUUAAUUACACUGCUUCAUGUUGAAAAAAAUUGCCAGAUGUCUGUCAAAGUGUCAUUUGUACCUUGAGCAUCCAAGGUAAACAGGAACAUAGAAACACAGUGAAUGACUGGAUUCAUUUAAAAUAUUAGUAUUUUGUCAUAGGAUUUAUUUAAUGGUCAUAUUUCUGGCUCUUGAUUUUAUAAGCAUUAAGGAAAUGUGCUGCAUUUUUUAAAAGCAUUAGGAUAUGCUGUAUUUUAAUUGCUAAUAAUUUUGAUAUCGGGCGACUAACAGCAUUGAGCUAUACUAAGCAAUCUCACUGAAACAUUAAUAAACUGCAGUAUUUUGUACUUCAGUAUUUUCUUAUGUAUCCUUAUUGGUAAUGUCCUGACAUUGUUUCAACUCCCUUGCAUUUCUAGUGUUUUGUUUUAAAAAUAGGGGGUUUUUGUAUUUUCUGUCUGGUCCUAUAGCACAUCUGAAUUCCUUGAAUUCUUACACAUCAAAAUAAAGCAUCUAUCUGAGUAAGGAGAUUAGAGUAAUUAAGAACUAAUAUGAGCAGAUAAAUAUACUUAACUAUACUUUUGAUCUGUUUUUGUAAAAAAAUGAUAUUUCAAAAUAACAGAACUUGUGCAGGAGGACUUCUGUCUUCUUUCUUUAAGAAAAGAUGCAACUUAGAGCAUUUUUUGGAAGUAGCAAUUUUAAAUUUCAUUAUUCAUUGAGAUCUAGUGCAUCUGGAGGAGCACACUGCAAACCCAGGAGCCUGUGGCUGGCUUGUUGCUUUCUUAGACUUCCAGUAUGAAGUAAUACCUCAGAAUUGUUAUCUCCACUUAACUACCCUCUACAGUAAAAUGAGAGUCUCUCAUCUCAAAGCCUAGUAACUUUGUCAGAAUUUAUCGCUCUGACUUUUGUUCAAAAUUUAACUUUGCAAAUGCUACAGUGACAUCUCAUGUGAAGAUGUCCAUAUGUUAGUAUUAUGAAACAUCUGAAAAUAAACUCUGCAUUUUUGUG